GAGAGGGUUUUGACCAGAAUCAACCUGAGAGAAGUGCGAAGGAUAAACUCAUCUCCAAGCUGAUCUCAAUUCAAAUCCCUUGCGAGCAAGAAUCUCUAAAACCCUAAUUACACUCUCCGAUUUCGGUUUCGGGAUCUGGAAGAGGGGGGAAGGGAGGAUUGGUAGGAGAUGGAGAUGGAUUUGGAGCCGAGGGUGAAGCCGUUGCCGUACAAGGUCAAGGCGAUGUCGCGGGAGUCGCCGUCGCAGAAGGCGGGUCAGGUUCUUGAGACUGAUCUUCGUUCGCAUUGGUCCACCGGAACCAACACCAAGGAGUGGAUCUUGCUCGAGCUCGAGGAACCUUGUCUGUUAUCACACAUACGCAUAUACAAUAAGUCUGUGCUUGAAUGGGAAAUAACUGUUGGAUUACAAUAUAAGCAGCCAGAGUCAUUUGUUAAGGUCCGCCCUCGCUGUGAAGCACCCCGACGCGACAUGGUUUAUCCUGUGAACUACACUCCUUGUCGCUAUGUUCGAAUAUCUUGCUUACGCGGUAACCCAAUAGCCAUCUUUUUCAUCCAGCUUAUUGGGAUAUCAAUUCCUGGGCUUGAACCAGAGUUCCAGCCUGUUGUAAAUCACUUGCUGCCACAUAUUAUUUCACAUAAGCUAGAUGCUCAUGAUAUGCAUCUUCAGUUUCUUCAAGACAUGACAAGGCGAUUGCGUACUUUCCUCCCCCAACUCGAGGCAGACCUUUGCGGCUUUCCAGAUGACGUUGAUUCUAAUCUACGUUUUCUUGCUAUGCUUACUGGUCCAUUUUACCCUAUCCUCCAGGUUAUAAAUGAGAGAGAAACUGGAAGAUCUGCUGCCAGUGUUGUUACUGUUUCUUCUAACUUCGAGCCUAGAAGGUCACGUGGCACUUCAUUUGUUGCUUUAUCUGCGUCGAAUUCAGCUGUCUUUCGUUCCGAUGCCAUUCUUAUGCUUCUACGAAAGGCUUGCAAAGAUCCUGAUCUGAGAAUUGUUUGUAGAAUGGCGGCUAAAAUCCUACAAAAACUUAGUGUAUCUGUUGUGCAAGAGGAUCCCACCUGUACUGGUGUUGCAUCUACAUCAGAAGAGGAUGCAUCAAAAUCUGAAAUUUGUUCUCCUGAUGACAAAGCCGAUUAUGCAAGCUUGUUUGGGGAAAAGAUUACGAUGCUUGUCUCUGAUUUCGAUAGUAGCAUUAUCAAUAUCUUGGACAUAGCAGCAGUGGAGGAAGGAAUUUUACAUGUUCUCUUUUCCUGUGCUGCACAGCCUGUGCUUUGCAGUAGAUUGUCAGAAAAACCUUCCAAUCUCUGGUCUGCACUACCUCUCGUGCAAGCAUUGUUGCCUGCACUUCGUCCUCACGGAAGCAGCUCUUCUGAUAACAUAACUGAUUUUUCUUUGUGGGGGCAAGCUUAUGUUCAGCAAGCCUUAUCCCAGAUUGUUCUGAUGUCAUCUUCACCAUCAUACCGUUCUCUUCUUCAGGCUUGUGCUGGCUAUCUUUCAUCUUUUUCACAAUCUCAUGCUAAGGCUGCAUGUAUUCUGAUUGAUCUGUGUUCUUCCAUUCUUGCACCUUGGGCAGCACAAGUGAUUGCGAAGGUUGAUCUUAGUGUAGAGCUUCUGGAAGAUCUUUUGGGUACAAUCCAGGGAGCUCGUCAAUCAAUGGCUUCUGCACGUGCUGCCCUCAAAUACAUUGUGCUUGCUCUGUCUGGGUACAUUGACAAUAUUCUGGGGAAGUACAAGGAAGUUAAGCACAGAAUUCUCUUCCUCGUGGAGAUGCUAGAGCCUUUUCUCGAUCCUGCAAUGCGUCCAUUAAAGAGUGGAAUAACUUUUGGUGACACUAUGAUUACAAAGAAGCAAGAGGAGAAUUGUAUGAUUGCCCUUAAUGUCAUUCAUGUUGCAGUGGAAAAGCCCGCAGUUCUUCCUUCUCUUGAAACUCAAUGGCGGAAUGGUUCAGUGAGUCCAAGUGUCCUUCUCUCCAUACUUGAUCCUCAGUUAGAGUUACCACCCGGAAUUGAUCUUUGCAAGUCCAAUUCUUCCAGAAGUACAGAUAUUGAGUCAUCAUCUGUAUCGAAGGUUUUGCUGCGUCAAGUAGGACCUCCAAAAUCUCCUAAGCAAACUGAUUCUGACAUAAGUUCAGAAAUUUCUGAAUCUGUGACCAAGAUUGAUAUUUAUGAUGAUGUAAGGUUUUACUUUGCCCCUCAAGAACUGCGGGGCUUGACAUUAACAAGCACCAAUCGUAGCUGCAAUGAAGCUAUUGGAGAUCUCAGGCCUGAACAGAAAGGUGAUAAAAAAUUCAACUUCUUAUUUCCAAGUGGCUUAGUUCUGGAUACUGGUUUUGGUUCCAAGUACUUCAAUCUACAAGCAGAUUAUAUUCAACUUGAGAACAUCCGGGAUUGCGAGCUGAAGGCUUCGGAAUUCAAGCUUUUGGCCCAAAAGUUACACUCACUUGAUUCAGUCUCUGUUGAAGAUCACGAUGCUUCUGUUGAUGCUUUGCUCUUGGCUGCAGAGUGCUAUGUGAAUCCUUUCUUUGUGAAAUCCUUUGAAGUCAGUUCAAAGAUUAUAAAUGAGAUUGAACUGAGCAAAACUAGAAACCAGAAGGAAAUUGAUUUCAGAAGGAUCACCAAGACGAGGAAUAUAGACAUGGAAACAAUUGGUCAGCUUGAAAGGCAAAGAGAUGUAGCUGUCUUUCAGAUUCUGCUUGAGGCUGCUAAAUUAGACGCAAAUUUCAAGAACUACCUGUCAAAGGAAGAGAUGCAUAAUUGUACUGAAGAGUCUGAUGAACCAGUUGUUGUCCUCUCUCCUAAUGAUAUGCUAUCUCAAGAUGCUGUCACUUUGGUCCGGCAAAACCAAGCUAUACUUUGUAAUUUUCUUGUUCAGCGACUUCUGAAAGAUCGGCAGUCCCAGCAUGAAAUUCUUAUGCAUUGCCUGGUGUUUCUUCUGCAUUCUGCUAUAAAGCUAUCUUGUCCGCCUGAAGAUGUGAUUGAUAUCAUAUUAAGAUCGGCAGAAUACCUGGACGGGAUGCUAUCAUCUAUUCAUAAUCAGUUGAAAAAUGGAAAUUGUCAGUUGAAGCCAGAAAAGAUUCUUGUAAUUCAACGACGUUAUCUGCUCCUGCAAAGAUUGGUUAUUGCUUCUAGUGGAAGUGGCUGUGAUUCUGAUUCUGCAGCUGAUGUUGACAAUGGUUUUCUACAUGGAAGUUUGAUUCCACCCUCUUCUUGGAUGCAGAAAAUACCUACAUUUGCCUACUCUAGUUCGCCUGCUGUUCGUUUCUUGGGUUGGAUGGCAGUAUCUCGUGUUGCCAAACAAUUCAUAAAUGAUAGACUUUAUCUUGUCUCUGAUCUAUCAGAUCUGACUUGCAUCUUAUCAAUCUUUGCAGACGAGCUUGCUGUAGUAGAUAAAUUUAUUGAUGUAAAAUUUGGAGACACAAAAAUGGAAACAUUUCUCUGCCAGAAGGAAUCCCUAGCCAGUGAAGCUUCUGAACGGAGUGAUAAUCGAUCUGGAUAUCAGUCUUUACAAGUCCUAUACCCAUAUCUUGGACUGUUCUUUCCGCAGAUGAAGAAACAAUUUGAAAGCUUUGGAGAGGUUAUUUUAGAAGCUGUGAGUUUGCAACUAAGGUUGCUUUCUUCCGCUGCUUUGCCGGACAUCUUGUGCUGGUUUUCUGAUUUGUGCUCAUGGCCCUUUUUUGACGAAGACCAAUAUUCAGGGAAGAAUCCUGAUUUUUUCAAAGGUUAUGUGGCAAAAAAUGCCAAAGCAAUAGUUAUCUUUAUAUUAGAAGCUAUUGUGAAAGGACACAUGGAAGCAUUGGUUCCUGAAAUACCACGUGUCGUGCAAGUAUCGGUAUCCCUGUGCAGGGCCUCAUAUUGUGAUGUUGCAUUUCUUAACUCGGUACUGAUUGUGCUGAGACCAAUUAUUUCAUAUUCAUUGCAGAAAGCUUUGGCUGAGGAAAAAUUACCAAGUGAUGAUGGCAGUCUUGAUUUUGAAUCAUUGUGCUUUGAAGAGCUAUUCAAAAGUAUGAGACAGAGAGAUGAUAGUCAAAGUACAUGCAUAAGAAAAGCAUCCACCAGAUCUCGGAUGAUAUUUGUUCUUGCUUUUGUAUUACCGGAUUUAUCUUUCCAAAGCAGAAGCGCUUUCUUGCAGUCUUUAGUUUUGUGGACCGACUUUCCUGUGUUCGAGCCAACAUCUUCCUUCCAUGACUACCUCUGUGCUUUCCAGGCUGUCUUAGACAGCUGCAAAGUUUUCUUAUUGCAAGUUUUACAGGCAUUUGGUUGUCUUUCUCUCCAGUUAUCUGAUGUUUCUAGUUCUCAAAUGUUCAGUGAGAGCAAGGCCUGCAAAGAACCAAGGUUUCUUAAGGAUAUCUUACAGAAUUCGUCAUGUGUCUCUCAUAGUCCAAGAAUUAGCACAUCUUCUGUUUCGAACCGACAGAGUUAUAAAUUAAGUACUGAGGCGGUGGAAGAGUUUACAAAGGACUUAGAAGGUUUCAUCGUCUGUCUUCAAAUGACAAUCGAAAAAUGCUGGAGUCUUCACCAUCAACUGUCUAAGAAGCUUUCAGUCACCUCAGCAGAGUGCUUUGUAUGCCUGAGAUGCUUGGUUUCAGUUUUACCAACAAUUCAGAAUUCUGAAGUUGACAAUGGUGAAAAUCCUGAUAUUGAUCAUCUGCUGAUCCACUGGAAUAAAGGUCUAGAAGGGCUUGCUGAAAUGGUUCUUGAUCUUCAAGAAAAGUGCUGCUGGGAAGUAGCAUCUACUACUGUUGACUGCUUGCUAGAGGCUCCUCCAUGUUUUGAGCUUGAAAGUAUCAUAGAUUUCGUUUGUUCCGCAAUAAGAAAGAAUGCCUUCUCUGCACCCAAACUUGUUUUGCGCCUGCAGUCUGAAAAGUGGUUAUCACUCUUGGUUGGAAGGGUUGCCCAUGGGCUUUGUGAAAGCGAUGUUGCCCCUUUAGUUGAUUUGUUUUGUACCAUGCUGGGUCAUCCUGAACCUGAACAGCGUCUGAUAGGGCUCCAGCAUUUAGCUAAGUUGGUUGGAAAAGAUGCAGAUGAUGGGGUGGUUAUGCAGCCUUCUAUGGUUUUUGAUAAACCUCUUGGCACUGUUAGUUCUGCACCUGAGCCAAUAUUUUCUCUUCUGGUUGCGAGUACAUGGGAUUCUGUUGUCGUGAGAGCUUCAUCUGAUACUUCAAUGCCAAUUAGGGCUCGUGCUCUUGCUCUUCUUGUAGAUUUUAUCCCUUUUGCUAACCAGAAGCUGGUACAAACCUUUCUGGGGGUAGCUGAUAAUGUACUUUAUGGCUUUGGAAAGGGCAGUCAACCUGUGGGUGAAGGGCCACUGUUGAGGCUCUCAUUAGCACUUAUUGCUAGCUGUUGCCUUUAUUGUUCAGCUGAAGAUUUGGCAUUGGUUCCUCAAAAUAUUUGGAAACGCAUUGAGAUUUUAGGUUCCUCAAAAACUGAUGGCAGACUCGGGGAUGUAGAAAAAAAAGCUUGCCAACUAUUGUGCAGACUGAGGGAUGGGGAUGAGGGAGCAAAAGAGGCCCUCAAAGUGGUGGUUUCUUCUAGUUCCGAAGAAAAAUGCGAUCCAGAUUUUGAGUCUACUCGUCAAUCAGUUCUAGAGGUCCUUUCAAGUUUAUCUUCUGCUCAGUUGUUCUUUGAGCUUUUUGCGAGGAAAGCUGAUGAAGAGGCUAUUGCACUAGAAGAGGCUGAGAUGGAACUCAAUAUCGUCCAAAAAGAGUUUGGAGUGCUAGAUCCAUCGCCUUUCAACGAAGAGCAUCAACUUCCUCAUGUCGCAACCUCGCUGGAGAUUGACAAUCGCCUUCAGCAGAUCAAGGAUGACAUAUAUGCAAUGGAAAAGGCAAAACUUCGAGAAGACAUAGUAGCCCGCAGGCAAAAGAAAAUUCUUAUGAUGCGUGAGCGACAGAAGUAUCUGGAAGAGGCUGCUUUGCAGGAAACUGAGCGCCUUCGAGAAUUGGAUAGAGAAAGAGCAGCUGAAGCAGAAAAGGAAAUAGAGAGACAGCAUGCCCUGGAACUCGAGAGGGCGAAAACUAGGGAGCUUCGAAACCAACUUGAGAUGGAGAAGGAGAAGCAAGCACAGAGGGAGCUUCAACGUGAACUGGAGCAAGCAGAGUCAGGAUUACGAUCCUCAAGGCGGGACUUCUCUACCUCUCACAGUGGCCGAGCUAGGGAAAGGUACCGGGAAAGAGAUAAUGGAAGAUCUGGAAGCGAAGGAGGCACAAGAACAGGCACCGGAAGCUUUCAACAAGAAGCCGGUUCAUCCAUGGUCAAUACGCCAACAGUGGUUCUAUCGGGCUCAAGGUCAUUCUCUGGUCAGCCUCCCACCAUCCUCCAGUCUCGUGACCGUUUAGACGAAUGCGGAAGCAGCUACGAUGAAACCGUCGAAGGAAGCAGAGACUCAGGAGACACGGGAAGCGUCGGAGAGGUAGAGAUGGGUCAUGGGUUUGAAGGGCAGCCUGGUAAUUUUGUGUUGGGACAGCGACUCGGUGGUGGGUCUAGAGGAGGCAAGCCGAGACAGGUGAUGGAUAGAAGGGAGAGAGGUGAGGGUCGGCGUGAAGGGAAAUGGGAACGAAAACACUGAGAGGAGAUGAUGGGUCGGUUUGCCCCUUCGAAAUGUACCUUAAAGAUUGGAUAGCCGCGUUUGAAACGCCAAGCAGCGUUUGGUGUUUUAAGCAAACGCUGGAUUAUUGUUGUUAGCAUUUAAAACGCAAACGCAGGGAUUUACUGUUUCUCCUCGGGAGUGUUUGUACGUACUUUUGUCGUUGUUGUAGUAUGAGACAGACAUCUGUGCUUCUUACCAGAGUUUAUUAGGUGAAA